GAAACACCUAGAUGCAUGUUUGAAAAACUGAGGACUGCAGACUAGCCAAAUUGACACAUAAAACUGAUCAUAUAUCAUAUAUAUGCAGUAACUAAUAUGGCCAAACCAAAAUAAUUAAGAAAUAAGAGUAUUUGAACUCAAUUGGGGACUAAAUAAACAUUUUUAUAUACAAAAGAACAUUUUUAUAUAUGUACACACACACACACACACUAGAGAGCACAAAAUCUAAGUCAUAUUUGGAACAGUAUUAUGAAAGAAGUAAAAAUCACCUAGUAGAAUCUAUAUUUCCACUAAAUCUAAUUAUGUCAUUUCUUUCUAAAGGUGUUACUUAGUGAAGAGAUAAAUCAACAAGGGUGGGUCACCCUGGGCCUUGGUAAACCUUGUGUCUUUGGGAGCUGCUCGGUUACCCACAGACCCCCCUUGAAGACCAGAUCUUCUUCCCAGGAUGGAAUUGAAGAGCACUUCAAGGGCCACAGGAGAAAAAGAAACCCGUCGAGACAAGACUAUUUAUAGCCAGGGUCAAAAGGAGAUCCUGAAAGCAUGGUUUCAACAUGACCCUUACCCUGAUAAAGCUACCAAGGAACUACUGGCCAGAGCAAUUGGUGUUCCAGAAUCUAAAAUUAGGUCUUGGUUUAAACAGCACAGAGCAAGACAGAGGCAGCUGAAGUCUGGAUACUGCUUAGGACAUGAUCAGAGCCAGAAGCACAGCCAUCCGCAGCGUUGCUGUCAAGACCAGACAUUCAUCAUGAGAACUCAAAGAAACAAACUGGUUGAAGCCUUUGAGAGGAACCCAUUCCCCGAUAUUGAUAGCAGGGAAAAGCUGGCUAUACAAACAGGAAUUCAGGGAUCAGAAAUUGAGGUGUGGUUUCAGAACCAAAGAUCUCUGUAUCCUGAGCAAAGCCCAUGGGAGCCCUUGGAUCUCUCAAUAAUUGGCCCAAACUGGAGACCAGAUCUGACUCUUCAGCAGCAACAAAUCGACAUGUCUUCUCUCUCAGACAGGUCUCCUCAUUUUCCCUCCACCAAUGCUUUCAGCGGGAACGAAACAUUUAUGCCUGUUCAUCUUCCAUUCUGUGAGUACUCUGUUCCUCAGGAUCCCUUCAGGGUCUGUUUGAGCCAAGGACCAGAUGUCAGGAUUACGCAGCCCACACAAGCUGUGCAGGAAGGAGAGGACUCUGACCAAUCUCUGACACCUAGGAGUCACUUGCCAACAUUGUCAACUCAGGGAGAGGACUUCUCAGAUACUCAGACUCCUUUCCCAUCUCCAUUCCAAGAAGAAUACCCAAAUCACGAAGAACACAGUGGCACCAGUGUACAGUUAGAAGGCUAUCGGCAGCCUCAACCUAAGCACAAAGAAAAACAAUGUUGGUAUCUGGGUCCUGAGAAUGACAUACCUUACAUUGUGCAGUGGUGGGAUGAGAUCUGCCAGGCUCUGAUUGCAGAAUGGGACCCUCUCAAAGGGACACACUGAGAUGGACUUGUGACAGCAGCAGGCAGAGUAGGAGGAGAGCCAUUUUAACCACUCAUCCAACCGCACCAGCAAUGUAGAAACCUCGAGCCUUUAGGUCAACUCUUGUCACCUACAAAUUUUCAGUAAAAGGUAUGCUCUUUUCUGAAUCCCGAGUUGCAGGAAGAGGACCCUCCAGGACUCCAAACACCCUUCAAUGAGGGUGACUUUCAGGCUCUGUUCCAAAACUGCAAGGUUCACCAGGGCCUGAGCUCCAAGAGGAGGAAGAUGUCAUACUCAGGACCCUGGUCCAGAUCUCCUUUCUUCUGAGGCAGAAUUAGUACGAUUUAAAGGAUGGCAAACAACAAAGACAUCCUGUCCUGGAACAAGACUAACACAGGGGGAGAAAUAAACUACUUGGAGCUUUUUGUACUGUGUGUGGGCAGUGAUUAUCUUCUUUACCCACUUCAUGGAGUAAAAGAUUGUUUCAAAGUUCCACCCUGCCUUGGGAAGCACCGAUAGCACAAGGCAGUGGACACGUCUGCUGAAUCCUUCCAAACAAAAGCAUUUUCCUGACAAACAUGACCUCCUGCUUGUAAUCACACCCUCUCCAGUCUGGAGAAUCCAUGAACUCUAACCCAUCUGAUGUGAGGAAAACAGGUCUACCCGAGACACGUAGGAAUUUCAUCCCUUCUGACGAGGUGGAAGGGCAAACUUGAAAUGAAUUUGAUGUGUAGAAAAUGAGGGAAUAGGGAAUACUGUAUUACUUGAUGAGGUGAACUCAAAAAGUAAACUUUCACGCCCAAGUUCUGAAGGUUUGAAUUGGGAACUUGAAACUACUUCAGCAUCCAUAAAUAAGGAAAUGAUUAAAUAGAUGAGGAUAUAUUCAUAAUAUACUGACUAUUCCUCACUCAUAAAUGUAUUUUUUCCCUUUGACUUUCAUAAUAUACGAAAAGUUACAAGGAAAUCAUAACACCAGGUAGUCACUGAAUAUAGUCGAAUGAUAAUAUUUCUACUUUGGGGUUUUUUUUCAUAUGAAUUUACAUAUGCGUAUGUGUGCACAUAAAAUUCCUCACUUUAUUAUAAAUAAAGUAUAUGUUAACUUAAAACCUCUGGGGUAGUCAUCCUUAUUCUCAAUCUCCCUCCCUUUGAAAUGAUAACUUCUAAAAAUACAUUACAGUGCAUGAAGGUGUGUGUGGGUUCACCUUGGUACAAUAAAAA